CGUCACGCUCCAAGCAGCGGUUCUCAGUUUGGUUUACGGAUGCUGAGCGGACCGGUUGGUACUCAGGCAGUAACGGGGUUUAAAUCGGUUCCGACGGUUGUUGUUUGAUUUUAUUUUGGCGGCGGACCGCUCACAUCGAACCGGACAGAGAUGGCUCAGAGCUCCGCAGCAGCUGGCGGCGAGUCCUCGGCGAACGAAGAGGCUUUGAAGAGGCGGAACGUCGCUGUCAUCACCGGCAUCACCGGGCAGGAUGGCUCCUACCUGGCUGAGUUCCUGCUGGCUAAGGGCUAUGAGGUUCAUGGGAUCGUCCGACGUUCCAGUUCCUUUAACACGGGUCGCAUCGAGCAUCUGUACCAGAAUCCACAGACACACACUGAAGGAAACAUGAAACUGCACUACGGAGACCUGACUGACAGCACGUGUCUGGUGAAGAUCAUCAACGAGGUGAAGCCAACGGAGAUCUACAACCUGGGAGCUCAGAGUCACGUUAAG